CCAAUUUCACCAAAAUUUCUGAAACCGCCGUUUUCGAAACUGUGGUUCCUGGCUGAACAGAAGUUUUGAAUGCUGACGGAUUUCACCAGCACAAACUGACUGAAGAUUCCGAAACCGUCGUUUUGGGGUAUCGUGAAGGCAGUGAAUUCGAUUGACGUCAUUUUUAUAACCUAAAACCUUCGUCGUUUGUUGUCUUGUAGUUUGUUGUUGCCACAUGGUUGCCUUUUUCUUUAAUAAUUUUUAUAGUUUAAAUAGUUUUUAAAGUUUUGUUAAUUAGUUUUAGAUAAUAUUUUUAAUUCAGAAUUUAUUUGUUUUCUUUCGUUUUAGUUUUAAUUAGGUAAUAGGUAGGCUACAAAAAUAUAAAGUAAUAUUAUGGAGAAGUCUAGUGCAAAAAAGUUUAGAGAGCCUGUUUUUAUAAACAGUGAGAAAAUGCUUCUCAUUGAUUUGGUAGAAAAAUAUUACAGUAUCAUUGAAUGUAAGAAAACUGAUGGCAUUUCUAAUAAAAUCAAACAAUUGGAGUGGAUUAAGAUAGGAAAAGAAUUUAAUAGCUUCAACACCCACAUGGAACGAGAUUUCAACUCAUUAAAAACACUGUGGGAGAAUUUAAAAAAAAAAGCAAAAGCCGUCAUAACUGCAAUGAAUACUAAUAAAUAUGCAACAGGUGGAGGUCCUUAUAGAACUGUGAAAGAAGAUCAAAUUAUAGAGAGGGUAAUUCCUAUAAUAAAAAAAAGAGCUGAGGGUUUUAAUAACAUUUACGACUCAGAUGCUGUUGCAACAAGUACUGAAUCAGCUACAAGUUCAAGUUCGGGAAACAGCAGUAGUACCGGUAUCGCAGAACUGACGACUGACUGUGAAUUGACUUUGGAAGUGGACUGUGGCGACGAACAAAACUACACUGUUCAGGACUCCUCCCCAAUACCCACAAUGAUGCUUGUGAAUGGUGAUUGGGAGUCAUACUCUCCAGGCCUUCUCAGAACCCCUCGAGCCAAGGUUCUUGUGGAUGAGGCUUCUCAUUCACCAAUAGCCUCAACAUCGGCUCUUCCGAAACCAACUAUCACACCAGAGGAAGAGAAGGGGGUGAUACAGAGGUCAACGCCCAUUUCAAAAAUUAGAACAACCAGACACCUUCACAAUAGAAGAAGGCCUGUUUUGAAAGAGAGCGAAGCUAUAGCUCUAGCUUCAUGUAAAAUUAAAAACCUGCAGGUUGCAGAGGAGCAGGCAAGGAAAGAGCACGAAGUAACAAUGGAAUGUCUGCUAAUGCAGAAAGAGCAGGAGAGAGAGAAGCUGGUUCAGGAGCAGGAGAAAACAAAACAGGAACGGGAGAAAACUGAACAAGAAGUGAUCAAGAAAAUGUUACUUCUUGCGGAAUUAGAACGUUUAAAAAAGUAAUGAAGAUAGUAUUUAUGUGAUCCAAUAAUUAUUUUAUUUUUUUCGUGUAAAUAUAAAAAAUCUCAUCAUA